UCUAGCAGUUGACGAAAACAGAAAUCCACGCAGUCAUCUGUGAUUUGCCAAUUUUCAUUUUAGUCUUUAGGUACUCGUUUUGCAUAACACAGCUUUUCUGUCAUUCUUGACUGUGUUACGACCUUUCUAGAUAUACACUUAUAUUUUUAGAUCCCUUUCAAUGGAUUCCACGGAUAAAUAAAUUCGAUGAAUAAAACACUAUCUAAGGUAUGUUUAUACCAGAUACUUUAAGAGGCUGUAUGAUCGAGACGGACGUUUCUUCUUAUUUGCAAACUUCAUCAUCGGGACAGGAUGAAUUUCACCCUUUUAUUGAGGCACUCUUACCCUACGUCAAAUCAUUUUCCUACUCUUGGUUUAAUUUGCAAGCCGCUAAACGAAAGUACUAUAAGAAGCACGAAAAGCGUAUGUCCUUGGAAGAGGAAAGACAUUGUAAGGAUGAACUUCAGAAUGAAAAAACAGAGGUUAAGCAAAAGUGGGCUUCCCGCCUUCUUGGAAAACUCAGAAAAGACAUUACGCAAGAAAGUCGAGAGGAUUUUGUGCAAUCUAUAAUCGGAAAACGAAAAUCUAUAUGCGUUCUCUCAAAUCCUGAUCAAAAAGGAAAAAUGAGACGCAUUGACUGCUUACGGCAGGCUGACAAAGUAUGGCGGCUUGACUUGGUCAUGGUUAUAUUGUUUAAAGCGAUUCCCUUAGAAAGUACAGACGGUGAGCGGUUAGAAAAAAAUCCGGAAUGUUUACACCCAGGAUUAUGUGUAAAUCCGUACCAUAUAAAUGUUUCUGUUCGAGAAUUGGACUUGUACUUGGCAAACUUUAUAAACACUCAUAAUUCAGUUUCCAACACGAUUUCAACUUUUUCAACUACUACCGGAGUAAGAUCGCCACACUUGUCUAUAUAUAAUCGAAAUAAUGAUCUGGAUAAAAAAGAUGAGGUCGUCGACAUGAAAAAUGAGAACGCUAGGCAAAAUCCAUAUAACGGAGUAGUUUGUAAUGAUAUUAUUUUAGCAACCGGAGUGUUUUCAUCCCAAGAACUGUGGAAUUUAUCCAAAGAUUUAAUUUUAGAUGAAGUCAACGAUAGCCUGAACUCGAACCUUGUUAAAACGGAGAAUGUUGGAGCUGCCUUUGAGUGCAGUACAUAUCAAAUUAACACUGAGUCUUCAAUGUCUACCGCUCAUAGUCUGGUUCAGUCUGGAGCAAUUGUGGCUAAUCCGAUUCCACUGGGUUAUAGUAUUGACUUUAUAGAUCAGAGGAGUAUGCAUUUAUCGCAAAGUCCGUUGUUACGCACAGAAGGCACAAAUGGUGAUACCCAUGAUUCCAACAAAAUCGAGCAAAGCAGUUCACCGCCCAUCACAAGUACUCCAUCAGAAAAUGGUAGUUUUUCCCUGAUUGUAAGAGCCACUGAUAGUUCUAACGGCGACCAAAAAUUAUCAGCAGAUUCAACUAUUUCUCUGCACCGCUAUACGUCUCUUAACAGUAGGCCUAUCCACCAAGCCCUAACACAACAUAAUUGCCCAUCAUUACAUACUACUUCCACCAGUCCAAUGAAUUCUGGGUAUUACCCUCAGCACAACAAUGCGCGUCCAACUCAAUCAACUUCAGUUGAGGAACAAAUUCGUGUUGCUUCCGAUAAAUAUUCAACGGAACCUCAAGAUAUUUCCGACUUUGUCACAUAUGUAUGUCAAGAUUCUAGUCACACGACAACAAUUACCGGAUCUGUUGAAAACCACCAAUUUCAACAUUCUCAUACACUCCCACAUUCGCACGUUUCACAAGGUCAUUCACCGCAUUUUCAAAUCCAUCAGCAGCUGCGAACCGCGAAAUUGGCCACUUCGCCAGCAACUCACUAUCACAGUACUAUGCUUCCGCCGAUGCUACCUCCAAUGGCUCGACCUGUAGCUAUAAUUCGAAGCAGCAGUGAUUUAACACUAGUCCAAUCACCACCUCCCUCUUUGUCGCUUACCAACCAAUCUUCGAACCUUAACAACAACAACUGCAUAGGGAAAAAUGACUUGGAGCCGGAUAAUAUUAGACUUUCAAAUACUCUAGACAACAGCAAUAGCCCCAUUAGCUCAGACGUUGUCGCACAUCACGAAUUGACAGGGACUGCAUCUCCUCAGCCGUCGCACAACACACCGGCGUCAACGAACCCACAAUCUUAUCUUGAUUCAGGUCGAUGUAAACUUUUAUCAGCUGGUUCAAACAUAAGCAGAAUUACAACGCAAAUGUAUGCCCCAUCAAAUAACAGAGAAUAUUUUAAUCACUUUCAUUCCCAACCUACAUCGCUAUUGGGAUAUGCCGGCUCCAUAUCCACAAUGUCUGGUGUGAUAAGUCCGACGGACUUAAGCCUAUACACAGCUCCAAUGGCUGUAUCAAGAUCAAGUACCAGGACUAGAUGGAACGAAGAGGAGCAUAGCGUAAUUCCACAUUCUGUAUCUAGUACAAAUAUAGAAAAUACCCAAGUUAUAUUAAUGGAAGAUUAACUCAUUUCAGCGACUGGACGUUAUAUAGAUGAGUAUACAAGCCGUGACUAUGUGUCAUGAUCUAAGCUCAAUGAAAUAAAAACCCUUCAACUCUUCGGCUUGGGCGUGCAAAAAUAUUUGUGAGCGAAUCUAUAAUAGGUUAAUAGUUCCUUAAGUAUAUACAAUAAUUUAUACAUUAAUACCAGAUUCACAUUAUUUUCAUUAUAGCUGUUAAUAUUUAUACUAACCUUUCUAUGCUAGUAUAUAUAUUUUUUUUAAAUUAAAGUACUGCAAAUCAACGACUGAUUCGAAUACAUUUAUACCCGUAAAAAAGCACAGAAAUUAAAUAAGAGACAAAUAUAAUAAAAGCUUAAUUCGGUGUAGUCGAUUCACAAAGUUAAAUAAUUGUAAAGGAUCUCAUUUAGAAUUUCUACUGAAAAAUAAUUUUCAAAACAUAUAGCAUAUAGAUUUAAAAACAAUUAAUUACAAUGUCCCCUAAUGCACUUAAAGUGUUCUUAAAAUCCCAUUUAAAUCAAGUUGGGUUAUGUACGUUGCUACAUUAACUGAUUAAAUUGUAAUGGAAAAAAUAAAAAAACUAAGUGACUGAAAGUAUUUUCUUGACCUUGACUGCAAAGCCAUUCUUAUCGUUAUGAACGAAAGAAGACAUUCAUAUAUACAUCUGCGCUUAUAUUAGCAAGAGUGCCACUGCCCUUAAUUUUUAAAGGUUGGUUUUUGCAAUGUAACUUAUACAAUUCCCCUAGAAAAGAUAUUUAAAUUAGGAAAAGUCAAUCAGGCUAAAAUACCUUACAGAAAACUGUGUUUAAAAUAAAGGCUGGUGGUACUACUACUAAUAUAUUACUUCUAUUAUAUCCGCAGAUGUAUGUCUUCACUUGUUUAUAAAUAUAAAUGUUCGACAAACUAACAAACCAAGAAUAAGUUCGCCUGUAGUUGCAGGGCAAAGAAAGCAAUAAAAUAACAAUUAUUCAACUUUUAUGUUAUUGCUUAUAAGUACGUUUAUAAAUGCUUAUAUAUUAUACAUUACUUUUAAAGCAAAUGCGAUUAUCUAGAAGCCAUCGAGGUAAAAAAGUCUUCUUUUGUAACACAGUGUAAUUCUUAAGUAUUGAGAAAUGAGCCUUGAUUUAAGUUGGAAUAGACAAGAAUAAAAGUUGUCAAACCUAAAUUUAUUUUCACGUAUUUUAAUAUUUUUGUUGAGAAGAGUUCGAAAACCAAUUAGUAGCAAAUGGAAACUUUCCAAAAAUUUUAUCUUCACAUCGAUCUAAAUUAAAUUCCAAAAACCUUGCAAUUUUUAUUUACUUUUAUAACUAGCAGUAAAUAAGUUUAAUGUGUUUUAAGAUUGUCACUAUAGAUGGAUGAACUUUAAAAAUGAUUGCAGGGCUCUAGUAACUAUCAAAGCCAUCUAUGUGGCUUUUUGAAAUAUUAAACAAGGAAGAAAAUAAAGAUUUACUUGUAACGUACUGAUUAAUAUGUGGGAUCUUUGUUAUUUUAAAUUCUAGAUUUCUAAGAUUUUAUUGGAAAGGGGAGAAAACAUUUAAAAUGUUGUAUAACUGGAAUGCAUAGCUAUAACUAGACGAAACUUAUACUGCAUAUAUUUAAUUUCAGAUAUUGUAAUUUAACGUCCAAUUGAAAGUUACCACACUACAUUAAUAUGUAACUUUUGGAUUUAAUGCUGAAUAUAUAAAACAAUAUCGAAAAUAAAGAGUACACAAGAAGCCAAUAUUAUGACAAUAGUAGCUAUAACUAAGCCAUCUUUAUUCAUGGGUUUACUAAAAAGUGAAUAAAAAAGAGAACUGGUCAUAUAAUUCUUUAUAUAUACAAAUUGCUUAGUAAAGUAAAUAUGUUGUUAAUUAUAAAAGAAAAUUCGAAAAUACUUUGACUUUCGUACACUUUAUAAUUCUAAACUAUGUUAGGCCUAUAAAAAUAUUACAUUAAUUACAAAAAUUGAAUAAUCAAAUGAGAAGUAAAGACACAAUAAGGAAAUGUUUAUUAUAAGUGCCUGAGAUUGAUUUUACAAAUUUGAAGUUAGGAUUUGGACAAAAAUUUAAGCAUUAUAUUUAAUACUCAAACAAUUAAAAUACUGCUGUUUUAUUUUUCUUACUUUUAUUAUUUCUUUCUAAUAUGUUUUAAUAUAUUUUAAAUGAGUUUUGUAUCUAAUAUGAACUUUUUUUGUUUAAAUGGCAAGAAUCAAUUGAUUUGAAAAUUAUUAAAUGUGUAAAAUUGUUUACAAUAAACCCAUAUAUAGGUGUCUUUCUAUUACAUACCACACGCAUUUUAUUAAAGAACAUUUUUGAUUUGCCUACUAAUUUGUUAUCUGGUAUUCAAUAAAAAAGUAAACACGUAUUUCAAGAUUGUGCUAAUAUUGUGCUAUACAUUUUGUACAAGGAACUUUUAAAAAUCUGGCAAAAGUUAUGAAUUUGAAAAACCGAAAAUCUAUUUGAAUUUUUUGCUGAACUAUAAUAAACAAAUAAAAUAGCCUCCCAAUUUACUUAUAUGAUUUAAAUUGCAAAGGUUAUGCAUUUUAUUUAUUAUAUCCUUACAGAGGGUACAAUGAUUUCAGUCUGAAGUUUGCAAAGCAGUGAAGAAUACGAUUUUGACAACAUCAGCAUCACUAAUUUUAUAUAAUAUAAGCUUCCUUUCUUGCGUUAGUUUUCUUAAGACAUAUUGCUUACUUUGAAAAAUCAAAUUAUCAUAUCUGCUUAAAAAAUACGGCUUACUUAUUUAGCGAAAAGAUAAUGCUUAAAAAUUUUUAGGCAAGUUAAUAAUGGGUAAACUCAUUAUAAGUUUGUUCACUCAAUGUUGGUCACAUUAAGUCGGCAUCUAUUUUUAAAAACAAACUGUAACUUUACGGUUUAAAAAAUUGUAUAUUUUUUACCAUUAAAGAUAGCUUUAAUAAAAUAAAAAAGAAUUUUACACUAAAUAAAUUUGAAUUUUAAGGCUUCCAAGUUCAAUGAAACUCAUAAAUGUUUUUGCUUGCCUGUAAGUCUAGUCUAACUGCAAUUUACCAACAACAUCUAAGCAAUUUAAAAUUUUUAAAUUAUUAGUACAAUAAUAAUUUUAAGUCGUUGGUAAUGGGCAUGUGCAAAAACUAUACAAUAUUAUAAAUAUUUGUAAGAAUUGGCUGUGAAUAUGAUCUUACGCUAGCGCUGUUUGUAUUUUAGAUAAACAUGAAAGUGUUUAAUAUAAAUAAAUACUAUUCUGUAUCACAAUGCUAAUAUAUACAUACUACUAAAAUAGACUGUAAGCAAAAGGAGACUUUGUAAUACAUAAGGAGAAUAAUUUGUUAAAUUAAAAAAAUAAAGAUAGGCUUUAAACAUA